AACAGACAAGAAUUCAACUCCAUGUUCAUUUCAGUCUACGAACUCCCCCCCCCCCCCAGUUGAUGUUUUUGCACCUUCAUUUUCUCCAGCGAUACCCAUUAUGAUUGUUAGAUGCGCGGAUUGAUUGAACAUAUGAUGCGGUGAUUAUGCUGCUUCUUCUUCUUCUUCUUUCUUUAAAGAUUCAGUUUUCAACACCUUGUUUCAGCUUCAUUUGAUGAUGUCCGAACCACCUAAAGUUCGUCUUGUUCGUUGCCCCAAUUGCGCAAAUCUGCUCCCAGAGGUCACUGGUUUCUCCGUUUACCAGUGUGGCGGAUGUGGCGUUGUCUUACGAGCAAAGAAAAAAAUUGAGGGUUUGGAGAGAUUUUCAGACAAGUCUGGUGAAGAAGGUGAAUUGGGGAUUUCUGAGAGGUUUGAGAAAGUGGAAAACUUGAGCGAUAGUUCUGAGAUUGAUGUGAAGUCAAAUGCAGGUAGUUCUUCUGCUAUAUCUGAGAGGAGAGUUGAAAGCUACAAAUCUAAGAUUAGUGGUGAACAAAUUCGAGAAAAAAAUGGGGAACCCCUUCAGAAUUUGGUUCCCGAAUGUGAAAGUGAAAAUGAGUUGCAAAGACCAGAGAGUUUUGUAGGCAGGAGAAGGGGGGAGGCAAGGAUAUCAGCCGGUCCAAAUAGAGGCCGGAGAUUUGACAUUGAUGCUUCCUCAAGUUACGAGUUAGGGUGUGAUUAUGGCUAUCAACCACUACCUAGGAGAGGGGACAGAGGGGAGAGUUCCAAGGUUGAAUAUGGUGAAGAUGACAGAGCUGAGCUAAUGAGGAAAUUGGAUGAUCUGAAAGAACAGUUGAGUCGAUCUUGUCAAAUUGUUGAUAAUCCCAAGGACAGGCUCCCUCUCGACAGGAAGAUUGUUAAUCAGGAUCAUCCCUACGGCGGUUCCCAUGAUCGGUUUGGUUCUGCGCAAUAUCCUGCCAUGGGUAGGCACGAAAUCCUACCUGGCCAUGGUUUUUAUCCACAAAGUUUUGGUUUUCAACCUUAUGGUCCUGUUUUUAAUCCUCCUCCACCUCAUCAUCCAUCAUGUUCUUGCUUCCAUUGCUACAAUACAAGCCAAAAUGUUGUCCGCGUGCUUCCACCUGCCAUUGGGAUUGACAGGUUCCAUGAUGUCUCCCACAAGAAUCCUUACUUUUAUGACCAUGAUCAUUUAGGCAGGUCUGGUCUGCAUAAUUAUGAUCCCAGAAUUUCAGGUUCUCUUCCUAUUAGGAAACGGACCCUUAAACCUAGUGGACUACGGUGCCUCCCUGUGGCUGGAGCCGCGCCGUUCUUGGUUUGCCACAGUUGUUUGGAGUUGCUUCAUUUGUCUUAUAAGAGAGCUUUUCUAAGGGAUAAUCAACAAAUGAAGGUGAAAUGUGGGGCAUGCUCUUGUGUGAUGGAUUUUGAAGUGCGUAAUACGAGACUCGUUCCUAUUCACGGACAAGUCAAAAAAAACGGUGACAUGUUUGCUUCAUCAGAUGAUAAUAUGACAGGAGACCUGAUGAAUCGUCCUGUUACUGUUUUCUCAUCUGAAGAUUUUGACAAUUCCGGAUAUGAUUUCCAUGCAAUGGAUCAAGAUCACAGAUCAAUGGAGGGUAGGACCCGUCAUUCCAAAUCUUCUUCCAUGAACGCAGAAGAUAUCAACUCCACGGAGUUGUCCCUUAAGGAGAAAGUGUCACCACCACCGCCGCCCCCACCUGUGGGGUCACCAUUGCAGGAUCAUUUUGAUUAUUCGACCAAGUAUGGCAAUGCAAAUCGGUUCAAGAUUGGGAAUGGGAGUGGGCCCUCAAGUCCAGAAAAAACAAGGUCAAAGAAGAAGACCCUUUCAUCUCAAUCUUCCAUGAAGGAUGUACCGGUGGCAUCUGAGAUGGACAUAUCAUCCAAUGAGUAUGCUAACACUGGGUCAUCUUUAGAGUCGGGCGAAUCAAGCAUGGGAGACCAGACCAAUUCCAACAAACCCAAUGGAUCAUUUUUUGCCAUUGCCAAAAAAAGUUUCAAGUCCAAUAAGCAGGUCGUCCUAGGUGAGAAAAGGGGCGAUGUCAUAGUGAAUGGGCAUCGCAUAUCGGAUGAGUUAGUCAAGAAAGCUGAAAGGUUAGCGGGAAAAAUUAGCCCCGGACAAUACUGGUAUGACUUUCGUGCUGGAUUUUGGGGAGUGAUGGGAGGUCCUUGUCUUGGCAUAAUUCCUCCGUUCAUUGAAGAAUUUAACUAUCCCAUGCCGGAAAACUGCACUGGUGGAAACACGGGUGUGUUUGUGAAUGGGAGACAGCUCCAUGACAAAGACUUGCAAUUACUGUGCAGCAGAGGGCUCCCGGAUUUGAAAGGCCGGUCUUAUAUCAUUGAAAUUUCUGGGAGAGUGCUUGAUGAGGAUACUGGCAAAGAGCUUGAGAGCCUGGGCAAGCUCGCUCCAACAGUUGAGAGAAUGAAGUGUGGAUUCGGCAUGAAAGUCCCGAAAAACGCAACGUAAUUUCUGCUCCGUAGUAAUUAUGAGUGUUGAUCAAGAGACAACACUGCAGAAAAAGAAGAUGGUCUUUAGCAUGCAUGUAUUGUGCCUAAGAUUUUUAUAUGUGAAUGUUAUAAGCCAGGGUUGAGUAAAUAUAUCCGUAGUACUCUGUAUUUUGUUUAGGCAGAUCAGAUCAGAUCAGAAGUACUUGUUGAAAAAGAGAUCUAUUGAGUAUCAUU